UACGAAAAUUUAAUUGCAAAUGGAAAACCGAAAUUGGUUUUAUAAUUUAUUUUKCCAUACAGCCACAAUCGCGACACCCACGCAAAAGCGCAAUAGACCGUCUCCAGUGAAGUGGAUUGUUAAUAUGUACAUAAGUCUGCUUACGUCAAUGCCUUGAAAGUCUUAAAGCGAUUUUAUUUUAGAAAAAUUUAAGUGCAUACUACUCGUUGCAUUUGCGUUGUGAUUAUACACCUAUUUACUAUAAACACAUAUCGGCAUGUUGGUAAUCCUACCCGUUGCUGUCAACGUCAACAGCCGAAAGACAGCGACGGCGCAACGACAGCGGCGGGGAAGUUCGUCGUYUUCGUUGCGGCUUUGUCAUGAACGCCGAGCGACAUGAAGCGAGCGCCGAGCAUCGUGGAGCGUGCGAGUGUGGCCAACAAARUAUCGAACUCAAAUUUUUAGUUAGAAAUUUUCUACGUUGGCGAGAAGUCGUGAGUAACAAAAUUAUUGAAAGCAGUAGCAGAAGCAGCAAAAGCAGAGUUUUUUGACUGGCUGACUGCUCUGUGAGAUUUUUCAUCCAUUUUAGUGCCCACUCUGAGAACAAAAAUAAAUUCAGAAGAUUCUUUCAUAGAUUUUGUAAAGCGGGAAACUUUAAAAACAGAGAUAUAAUCCGCAAGUGUUUUCCUCUUUUUUUUUUUGUUUGGUGCUAUUAUUUACCAAGUGAGUGUAUUAAAAUGUGAUGAAAAAUUGGGGAUAAAUGGAAUUUUUUGAUUCAUAACUAAUUGGAUUGCUGAAAUUGUUGAGGAUUAGAGUGCUACCAGUGGAGGUAGACUACGGAAUAACCUAAUUUUUCUUACGUUUUAUUAUUUUUAUUGACAAAGUGCCCGGCGACAACGACGUUUAACGCCGUUGUAACGUUGGCUCGAUGAUGGCAUUGCCAAUGAACUCACUUUACUCCCUUACGUGGGGCGACUAUGGCUCGUCACUGGUGACGGCCAUUCAACUUUUACGUUGUCACAACGACUUGGUGGACUGCACUUUAGCUGCUGGCGGGCGCAGUUUUCCAGCGCAUAAAAUCGUAUUGUGUGCAGCGUCACCGUUUUUGUUGGAGCUGUUAAAAAAUACGCCAUGCAAGCAUCCGGUGGUGAUGUUGGCCGGCGUCAAUGCCAACGACCUGGAAGCGUUGUUGGAGUUUGUUUAUCGCGGCGAAGUAAGUGUCGAUCACGCGCAAUUGCCGUCGCUACUGCAGGCCGCACAAUGUCUGAAUAUACAGGGCUUGGCACCGCAAACCGUUACGAAAGAUGACUACACCACGCAUUCAAUACAACUACAACAUAUGAUACCACAACAACACCAUGACCAAGACCCACUGAUUGCCACCAUUGCUACCGCACCACAACAAACCGUACAUGCACAUGUCGUUGAUGAUAUACACCAAGCUGGCCAAAUCUUGCAAACGACUACACACACUAAYGCCGCCGGACAACAACAGACCAUUGUGACCGCUGAAUCGCCCAAGGAUGUCAUACAACAAUUCUUGCCCGCACGCAAGCGCAAGCCACGUGUUAAGAAGAUGUCACCGUCCGCUCCAAAAGUUGCUAAAGUUGAGGGUAUGGAAACGAUCAUUACUGCACCGACCACUACUACUGUCGUACAUCAAGCUACACAACAGCAACAACAACAGCAGCAGCAGCAACAACAGCAACAAAUACAGGUACAACAACAAAGCAUUGAAAAUGGCAACGAGACACAGAUAAUAACCUCGACACCGCACAUCAAGAGUGAAGUAGGCAAGGUAGAGACAAUUGUGACCAUGGACCCGAAUGUAACGCCGAUAUCAACCGUUAAUACUAGCGAUGUUAGCACCGGCGGCACAACCCCAGCAAGCAGCACGAAAACAGUUAAACGCACCAAGAGUGAAUCCCGUUCACGCUCACAAUCAGAACAACCGGCUACUUGUCCCAUAUGUUAUGCAGUUAUCCGACAGUCACGUAACUUGCGUCGCCAUUUGGAAUUACGGCAUUUCGCCAAACCCGGAGUAAAGAAGGAAAAGAAAACACCAACCGGCAAAAAAGUUAUAACCACAAGCACUGGCGCUGGCACCAGCAAUGUAGCGGGCACUUCAACGAUCACGACAGCAGUUAGCACCAUACCGCAGGUGCAAUCGGUACAAUCGCUACACACAUUACAUACCGUGCAGGUGAAAAAGGAUCCGGACGCUCAGAAUCAAGGACAACAAACCAUGACAGUGACCACCACGACCGGCGCUGGUGGUGGCCAGCAACAGCAGCAACAACAACAGCAAGUGCAACAAGUGCAGGUGCAACAGGCUACAACGCAGCAACAACAGCAACAGCAAAUACAACAUCAUCAAAUCAUCGAUCAAUCGGGUAAUAUAACAACGGCUACGACAACGGGUGGUGGACAGCAGCAGCAACAGCAAACUGGCGGACAAAUCGUAACACAAACCGAAAAUACAGACGGCACAACAUCGUUGUCCAUUGCGCAGGUGCAAACGCUGCAAGGCCAUCAAAUACUGGGCAAUAUUAAUCAGGGUAACAAUAAGAAUAUUUUGGUAAAGAAAGUUUUCAUUUUGAAAGGCGGUAAUAAUACGUAAUGAUGAGCCAACGAUAUGA